AUGUACGACAAGACAGAACAAGGUCUGCAGAAAUACUUGACUGAUCGGGCAUUGGGUCUAACCCAUAUGACCUUAUCAAGCUCGGUACAAUUCAAUAAGAUGAUUCAGGGGAAGGAGAAGAUUACGGUUGAUGGACAAUCAUUGGAUAUUGUCUCUGUCUUUGCAGUCGCAAGAUGCCAUGUUGAGCCAUCUCUCACGGAUGACCAGAAAGUCCUAGCUCGUGUCAACCAGAGCAUUGACUUUUUAACUCAAGAGCUGAAGGCCGGCCAUACUGUAUAUGGUGUUACAACCGGAUUUGGUGGCAGUGCCAACACUCGCACUGCUGAUUAUGAAACAUUGCAAAAAGCAUUGAUUCAGCACCACAACAGUGCAGUGGCAUUCCCUUAUCCUUCCAGCCAAUCUCCCAACGGUGAAAACACCACUUUGAAUGACUUGAAAAGCCACAUCAUGCCUACAUCUACUGUCCGAGCAGCAAUGCUGACUCGAUGCAACUCUCUCUUGCGCGGUCACUCGUCAGUUCGGGUUGAAGUCAUCAAAACAAUUAUUGCCCUCUUGGCAAAGGAUAUGACCCCCGUUGUUCCUCUGCGUGGUAGCAUUUCCGCUUCUGGCGACCUCACGCCCUUGGCAUACAUUGCCGGUGCGCUGGAGGGAAACCCAGAUAUCCUGAUUCAGCGUCCCACAGCCAAUGGGUAUGAAAAGGUUCCAUCCAACAAAGCCUUGAGUGAAGCAGGCCUCAAGUCUCUCACUUUUGGGCCUAAAGAAGGCCUGGGAUUGCUCAAUGGAACAGCCUUCAGCUCUGGUUCCGCUAGUCUGGUGAUGUUCGAGGCAAACCAGCUGAUCCUUUUAUCCCAAGCUUUGACAGCCAUGGGAACCGAGGCAAUGAUGGGGAACCGCCUUAACUACCAUCCUUUCAUCUCCGAAGUCCGCCCCCACAACGGCCAGAGCGAAGCUGCUGCCAACAUCUUUGAUCACCUCGAAGGAUCAAAGCUAGCAAUCGACGAAGGACCCGGUGGAGAAGCCAAACUUGCUCAGGAUCGAUACGCCUGGCGCACCGCUCCACAGUGGAUUGGCCCCCAAUUGGAGAAUAUGAAAUUGGCCGCUGAGCAGUUGCAAACCGAGCUCAAUUCUACGACUGAUAAUCCUCUCGUAGACCCCUCCAAUGAGAAAGUCUACCACGGUGGAAACUUCCAGGCUGUCUCGGUUACCUCUGCUAUGGAAAAGACCAUGUCUGCUAUGCAGAUGCUGGGGAAGAUGUUCUUUGCUCAAUGCUCUGAAUUGAUCAAUCCUAUGUUGAGCAAUGGAUUGCCUCCAAAUCUGUGUUUCGAUGAUCCGAAUAUCUCGUUCGCUUUCAAGGGUAUUGACAUCAACAUGGCUGCGUAUAUGUCAGAGCUGGCGUAUCUCGCCCACCCUGUCAGCAAUUAUGUUCAAAGUGCCGAGAUGCACAACCAGGGUCUCAACUCUCUGGCGUUCAUCGCUUCUCGCUACGCGGGCGAUACUGUUGAAUUACUUUCCCUUAUGACUGCCACAUACCUCUACGUUAUUUGUCAGGCUCUCGAUCUGCGUGCCUUGCAUCUGGAAUUUAUCAAUACCGCCCGGCCCCAGGUUGACCAAAUUACCAAGGAGAUUGUCACCCCAGAGGACCAAAGCGUCUCAAUUGAAUCGGUUCAAAAAGACGUAUGGGACGUAUUGAUGGGCCAGUGGGCACAGAACAGCUCCAAGAACCUGCCUGAGCGUAGCUCCACGACCGUGGCAUCAUCCCUCGGACAGGUCCUGCAGCUUGUUGGUGCAAACAGCCUCAAGAUAAACCCUCAGCAGUGGAUGAAACAAGUGGAUGAUGUUCUGGUUGGGUCAUACGCAGCCACAGUGAAGCAAUUCCUGACUGCAACCACCACGAAACAAUAUCUCGGUACUUCAUCAAAGAUUCUUUAUGAGUUCGUUCGAGAGACUCUGGCUGUUCCCAUGCAUCGUGGAGUCAUUGAUCACCCAACUUACGACUCUGGCGAGCCGGCUUCCGAGAAGAAGACUAUUGGGUCGAACAUUGCUCAAGUGUAUACUGCCUUGCGCGGUGGAAAGUUUAUGGAUGUCCUUUUGAGAUGCCAUGCAGUCACAGGCAACUGA